AUGAUUUACCAUAAAAUAUUCAGACAUAAGCUAGCAGCCACCCAGGGCCCACCCAGCUCUCCUGCGGCCCAGGGCGCACCCAGCUCUCCUGCGGCCCAGGGCCCACCCAGCUCUCCUGCGGCCCAGGGCGCACCCAGCUCUCCUGCGGCCCAGGGCCCACCCAGCUCUCCUGCGGCCCAGGGCGCACCCAGCUCUCCUGCGGCCCAGGGCCCACCCAGCUCUCCUGCGGCCCCCACCCAGCUCACCUGCGGCCCCCACCCAGCUCUCCUGCGGCCCAGGGCCCACCCAGCUCUCCUGCGGCCCAGGGCCCACCCAGCUCUCCUGCGGCCCAGGGCCCACCCAGCUCUCCUGCGGCCCAGGGCCCACCCAGCUCUCCUGCGGCCCAGGGCCCACCCAGCUCUCCUGCGGCCCAGGGCCCACCCAGCUCUCCUGCGGCCCAGGGCGCACCCAGCUCUCCUGCGGCCCAGGGCCCACCCAGCUCUCCUGCGGCCCAGGGCCCACCCAGCUCUCCUGCGGCCCAGGGCCCACCCAGCUCUCCUGCGGCCCAGGGCCCACCCAGCUCUCCUGCGGCCCAGGGCCCACCCAUCUCACCUGCGGCCCAGGGCCCACCCAGCUCACCUGCGGCCCAGGGCCCACACAGCUCACCUGCGGCCCAGGGCCCACCCAGCUCACCUGCGGCCCAGGGCCCACCCAGCUCACCUACGGCCCAGGAGCGCAAGACCGGUCACCCUCGACGUGAAGCUACACACCCAAGCUGGAAUUCACUGGUCAAUACACUGGUAUCGAGUCUCCUUGCGGCUCAUCACUACACAAUGA